ACAAUUAUGUGGCUGCUUCCUCUUUCGGCUGUCGAAACUGCUGGCUAGUAAAAUUAACUAAACUCUCAUCGUUGUCGGACAACUUAAAAUGGGUAGUUGAUACGAUGAUUAGAUGAAUACUAAAUGUAUCAAUUUGUGAAGAAUUGGGAAUGGAUAAUCUGUAUAAACUGCCAACGUUUCCUCCUGAUCGUAGGUUUGCUAGGUAACGACGUUAGCUGCUAGCUAUCCUUGUAGCCAGAGCCUUCUCUGCUUAUAGUUAGAGCCUUCUCUGCUUGUAGCUAGCUAACGUUAGAUCAGCUGGCUAACUCUGCUCUGCCAGCUACGGGAGAACGUCAACUAGCUAAUCCAGCUACUUGUCAGCACAGUUCAUUGUAGCUAGCUACAUACAUUUGACAGUUCACGUUAUCUAAAGACAAUGGCGUCGUCAUUUGUGAUUGGAAACACAUUUCGAGAAAGGGUAAGAGACUUGCUGGAGAAGUAUGAGGCUUCAGUUCCAACAGAACUACAGAAAGAAUUGGCGGAUAUUCUUCAACAGGAACAACCAUCAACUCUGUCCUUCAGAACUGCAAGAAAACUUAAUAAAUGUCUGCAAGACAAUGGUCAACCUUUCUACCUUAAUGAGUUGUUGGAGGACAGCUCAUUGCACCUGCCUAAGGUUGAAACGCCACCCAGAAACCCUGUGCUUGUUGCUCGUCUGGAGCGAAUCAAAGCCAAGUUGGCCAAUGAAGAAUACAACAGGAUCACACGGAAUGUAAACACUCAGCAAAUUAAUCGUCGUGAAACACUGGCAGACUUUGGGAGAGAAGUGCGCUCAGCCAAAGCUGCUGUUGUGACGGUCUUAAACUUCCUAGUGACAGUGGCGGCGACGUUCGCUUGCGCCUAUCUCGGCAGUCAAUACCUCUUCACAGAGACAACGGCGAGGGUGAUAUCUGCAGUGAUCGCUGCGUCCGUAGUCGGCCUGGCAGAGCUGUAUGUUCUGGUACGAACCAUGGAGGGAGCGCUAGGAGAACCAUAGCACCAGUCAGUGUUCUUCUUAUCAACAAAACACAUUCCUGGAGAACAAUGACCUUAUCUGACUGACUAGUGGACUUCAAAACAGAAAUCAAAGGGGUUGAGUGGAAGUUGAUGUACAGCUUUGACAUAACCACGAAACUAUUGAUACGAAAACAGAUUAGUGUGAAGCUCUUGAAUGUGACCCAGAUGUAAAAGUUGUUUGUGCUUUACCAUCGCUGCUCUAUUAUGAUGAAGUUGACUCCAUGUUUCCCAACUCAUUUAUUUACUAAUGUGCACUAAACAAGUUGGGGUAUUUAGCUAUUUAUUUACAUCCAUUUUGCUUUUAUAGGGCCUGUUAAAAUGCCCCCAUUUUUAUUUUUUCCUUCAUAACAUUUGUUUGAUCAUUUCCUACAAGGAUGGAACAGGGAUUAUUUUCAUACAAUAGCUUAUUCAUACUGUACUUUACGCUCCUUCAGUGUGUCUGUGUAGUCAGUAUUGUUUGUUUGUCUAUUCACUCAAAUUAGCGCCCAUGUAAUUACAACCUCUGAGAUCAGUUUGGUUCAAUGUAAAAUAUAUAUAUAUAUAUAUAUUAUACAAACCCCCUCUAUGGUUAUGAUUGAAACCUUGAGUUGCUUCAUAACAAUUCUUGAUAAAUCCCUCUCUACCCUUACAUUGACCUUAUUAGCCCUGGUAAUAUUAGGGCUAUUCCAUGUUCUAUUGGAAAUAAAAUUGAUUAAGUUGUUUUUGUCCAUUGUACCUGUCAAUUUACAUUAAAUUGAGGCAAGUGGUAAACUUUGA